AUGGAGGUGACUAUACGAUGCUCGAGGGCUCCGCUCGCCGCCCGCGAUCCCUGCCCGCCCUGCCCCUGCCGUGAUCCCGACCCCGCCGCAGCCGCGCCCGCCAGGACCGCCGCGCCCGCCGGGCUCCGAUGGAAGGGGCGCCGGGCCCGAGCAGCGCCGCCGGCAGCGAGGGCGCCCCAUGAGCCCCCCCAGAUGAGCCAGGCAGGCAAGGGGGAGCCCCCCGGGGCCGGCAUGGCGCAGGAGGGGCCGCCCGCCUUCUACCCCGGCCAGGAGCUCGACCUGUCCACCAAGGUGUACAAGAGGGAGUCGGGGAGCCCCUUCUCGGUGCUGGUGGACAGCAAGGGCGGCAAGGGCCACCUCCACGAGAGGGAGGAGCAGCCGUUUUUCAGGGAGAGCAGAGCGGUAGGAGAGGUCCGGGCUGUGAAAGAAGACAGGGAGAACUCUGACGACUCUGAGGAGGAGGAAGAGGAGGAAGAUGAAGUGACUUACAAAAGGGAGCAGAUUAUAGUGGAGGUAAACCUUAACAACCAAACCUUAAAUGUGUCCAAAGGGGAGAAGGGUGUCCCCUCCCAGUCCAAAGAGACUGCUGUCCUUAAGAGCAGCAGUGAGGAAGAGGAGGGUGACAGUGGGGAAGAGGAGGCCACGGAGGACAGCAACGACUACGAGGAGAACGAGAGGCAGAAGAAAAAGGAGAAGAGAGUGGAGAAGGGCAGCGUUGGCCAGAGGAGGAGCAGGAGAGCCGCCGCGGCCGCCGCCGCCUCCCCGGCGCCCCGAGCCACGCGCGGCCGCAGGAAGGGCGCCGAGCCCCCCAAGCGCAAGAAGAAAGCUGCCAAGGAGCCCAAGGCGCCCGUGCAGAAGCCCAAGUGCGAGGAGAAGGAGACUCUGACGUGCGAGAAGUGCCCCAGGGUGUUUAACACGCGCUGGUACCUGGAGAAGCACAUGAACGUCACGCACAGGCGCAUGCAGAUCUGCGACAAGUGCGGCAAGAAAUUUGUGCUGGAGAGCGAGCUGUCCCUCCACCAGCAAACUGACUGUGAAAAAAACAUCCAGUGCGUGUCCUGCAACAAAUCCUUCAAGAAGCUCUGGUCGCUGCACGAGCACAUCAAGAUCGUGCACGGCUACGCCGAGAAGAAAUUCUCCUGCGAGAUCUGCGAGAAGAAGUUCUACACCAUGGCCCACGUGCGCAAACACAUGGUUGCCCACACCAAGGACAUGCCCUUCACCUGCGAGACCUGCGGCAAGUCCUUCAAGCGCAGCAUGUCCCUCAAGGUGCACUCGCUGCAGCACUCGGGGGAGAAGCCCUUCCGCUGCGAGAACUGCGACGAGAGGUUCCAGUACAAGUACCAGCUGCGCUCGCACAUGAGCAUCCACAUCGGGCACAAGCAGUUCAUGUGCCAGUGGUGUGGCAAGGACUUCAACAUGAAGCAGUACUUCGACGAGCACAUGAAAACCCACACUGGAGAGAAGCCGUUCAUCUGCGAGAUCUGCGGCAAGAGCUUCACCAGCCGGCCCAACAUGAAGCGGCACCGGCGCACGCACACGGGCGAGAAGCCGUACCCGUGCGACGUGUGCGGGCAGCGCUUCCGCUUCUCCAACAUGCUCAAGGCGCACAAGGAGAAAUGUUUCCGCGUCACCAGCCCCGGCACCAGCCCCGGGCCCGCCGGCGGCGCCGCGGCGCUGCCCGCGCCCUGCCCGGCCCCUCCGGCCGCGGGCGCCGCGCUGGGGCUGGCGCUGGGCCCGGCGGCGCCGCCGCGCCCCGUGCCGCACCCCUACGGAGCGCUGGCACUGCCGCCGCACGGGCACCACCACCACCACGGGCACCACCACCACGGGCAGCAGCAGCAGCAGCAGCACCUGCCCGUGCCCCCCGUGCCGCACCUGCCGCCGCCGCCCGCCCUGUUCAAGAGCGAGCCGCUGAACCACCGCGGGCACGGCCACGGGCACGGGCACGGCGGGGACGGGUUCCUGCGGCACCUGGACAAGGGCGGCCCCGCGCAGCCGCACUGACACCGCCCGGCACCUGGCAUCCAGGUUUGGGAGCUGGGACACGGAGCCGGGAGGGGAGCUGGGAGGGGAUGGAGCUGCUGGCACCACGGCCGUGGGCACGGGCACGGCUUCCUGUGGCACCCGGGACAGCUGCACUGACAGCGGCUGGCACCUGAGAGCCGGGUCUGGGAGCUGGGAUGGGGUCUGGGAUUGGAUCAGGAAUGAAAUUGGACCACCAUGGUCGUGGGCACGGCUUCCUGUGGUGCCUGGACAGGACCAGCCUGGCACAGCUGCACUGACACCAGCUGGCACCCAGGUUUGGGAUCUGGGAUGGGAUCUGGCAUGGGAUUGGACUCGGGCACGGCUUCGUGCAGCACCUGGGCAGGACCAGCCUGGCAGAGCCACACUGACAACAGCUGGCACCUGGGAUCCAGGUGUGGGAUCUGGGAUGGGAUUGGACUGCCAUGGCUGAGGGCACAGCUUCCUGCAGCACCUGGACAGGGCCAGCCUGGCACAGCCCCUCUGGGAUCAGGGGCUGGCACGGAAUCGGGCUCUGGGGUGCAGGUUUGGGCUCUGGGAUGGCAUCGAGACCCUGAACCCCCCAGCAAGGGCUUCCUGUGGCACCUGGUGAGCCCAGCCUGGCACAGCCACACUGACACGGGCUGGGAUCAGGGACCUGGCAGCCAGGUUUGGGAC